AUGCAGCUCUGCAGGCUUUCGAGCGGCAUUGCAGGAGAAGCCAGGGAAAACGGUGUUGGACUUGACGCACGGCCGUUCCGAUGUAAGUCACACGAUACCUUCACCUCUUCCCGACUGGACCACACCUCGACUUCGCACGCUACCACUCUCACGAUGGUGGCCAUCGGAAAGACCGACGCUUCUUUGCGGCAUCCCGAAAAGCGACAGCCGCAGGCCCCACAGCAAGAGUCUCUCUCCGACAAACGUGCCAGCGAUUUGAUAUAUCACUCCAGCGUCUUUGUGGCAGGGAUACUGCUGCUCGAAAAGGCGGCCGAUCAAUUCAUCCGACAUGUCUCUCAGCUCUCGACUCAGCUCGGCGUGAGUCCGACGCUCAUCGCCUUGCUGACUGCCGGCGCAGAAUGGGAGGAACUCGUCGUCGUAGUAGCCUCGAUCGCCCAGGGUUCACAUGAUCUCGCCGUGGCCAACAUCGUCGGCAGUUCCAUCAGCAACAUCCUCGGAGCCUUCUCGCUCGGUAUACUCUUCGCGCCAGCGGGUGUCGUCUUUGAUGACAGCUCGAAGAGGUUUGCCAUCAUUCAGGCCGCAAUCACCACAGUGGUGCUCCUGCUCGUUGUCGCCGUGCAGAUCCAGCAUGCGGACAAGGACGCCAAACUGGCCAGCAAGCGGCUGUUCGAGAAUGUCGUCGGCGUGAGUCUCAUCGUACUCUUUGUUCUGUACAUGCUCGGUCUGUCGUGGGCUAUCGGCCGAGGCAUGCUAGCCGCUCCACAGGCGUCCGACAGCGAGACAAGCAGCGACAGCGACUCCGACAACGAGGCGACGACUCCCGACGAUCGGUCCGCAGUCCACAGCGAUGCUGCAAGCACAACCACUCUUGGUAACGAAAGCGAAGCUUCCUCCUACGUCCCACCGCGACGAACGCCUGGUGCGGCUGGACGCAGGGGUCAGAACCGCACCGCUACCUCGGCUGCCAUAGAGCGAACACCUCUGUUGCUGGGUUCCGCGACUUCAUCCAACCUCGCCUCACGUCUUGCACAAAGGCGCAGACGCGCUAUUCUGCGAAGCUUGCACAGGCUCUUGGUCACGUUCGCCAUCCUUUCCCUUGCGGGUUACCUUCUAUCGCAUUCCGUCCUCGAGAUUGCCUCUGUGACCCAUCUGUCGGACACAGUCCUCGGCCUGACUGUCUUGUCGUUUGCCACCACUAUUCCCGAGAAGAUGCUGAGUCUGAUCGCCGGCAUUCGAACAGCUCCAGCGUCGACGAGACCUCCAGCACCUGUGCGUCGGCCAAGCCUUGCUCGUCGCGCUUCCAUCCACGACGCAGCCGAGGACGAUGUCAGUCGAGGCGCGAGUAGUAUCCUCAUGGCUGGCGCUGCUGGCAGCAAUAUCUUCCUUUUGACCCUAUGUCUUGGCAUCUCAUUGAUAAGCGACAAAGCGUCUUCUCUCUCUUCUCCGAGCCAGUCGAUAUCGGCGAGGCAGGACCAGAGCCGCUUCGCCGCAAGUAGUGUGCGGUGGGAAGAGCUGGCUCUGCUCGAGACAGCAUCGCUUGCCUUGGUCCUCAUUGCAUUCACCGGCGGCCAACGCUGGCAAGGCGUUGUUUUGCUUUUGGGAUACGUCGCAUUCUUGGUAGCAGAGUUUACCAUCCUCAAGCGUUGA